UCUGAGGGCGAGAGAAGGCGGCGCUGUCCCGGGCGAGAUGGCCGGAGGAGACGGGGCUGCGCUCAGAGUGGGCGUCGCCGUCCAGGCGGGGAGUGAGGCCGCCGGGCUCUGACCGCCGCCUCGACCUCCGAGGGAUGGAGGUUGCGGGGCCGGAGGAGAGCAGGAAGGAGCACUGGAAGUUGCUGGGCAACCUGAAGACUACUGUGGAAGGUUUGGUGUCUAUAAACAAUCCCAACGUCUGGUCUAAGUAUGGUGGCUUGGAGCGACUCUGCAGGGACAUGCACAGCAUUCUGUAUCAUGGGCUCAUUCCAGACAAGGUGUGUUGCAGGCAGAGGGAUUAUUGGCAGUUUGUGAAGGACCUCCGUUGGCUGAGCCCACAUGCUGCCCAUCACAUUGAAAAGUUUAUCAACCUGUACGAGAACGGACAGCGGAACACCGACGGCGUCAGUGAUCGAGCCAUUGCAGAGGCGUGGCUCCAGCACAGCCUGCAGUUCCAUUGCCUGUCAGCUCAGCUGAAGCCUCUGCUUGGGAACAAACAGUACACCAGGAAGUUCUAUGCAGACUCAGCAUUCCUGCUCAGUGAUGCUCAUGUGACAGCCAUGUUACAGUGCUUGGAGGCUGUCGAACAGAACAACCCCCGGCUGCUAGCUCAGAUAGAUGCAUCUAUGUUUGCCAGGAAGAGCGAGUCCUCUGUGCCUGUGACAAAGAGCCAAAGUCUCACAGCGCUUCCUGGAUCCAUAUGUACCCCUCCAGCUGAAUGCACGACCCACCGGUAUUUUGGCUCCUUCUCAGGUCUUUACUCCGCCUCUGCCAGCAUUCAAGACAGGAGACCUUCAAACACUUGGGUUUGCAGUGGCACCGGCCAGCCUCAGGAAAACUCCCAAUGUGCCUCAUCUCAUUGGCAGCCGGAGGGCAGGUCCCCCCAGUGGCAAGCGCCUCCUCUCCCACACCUCACCGUCUCUCCCCCAAAAGAUACCUCCCUUCCUGGCGAGAUGAGCGCCAGCACCUCGGCCAAUGAUGACCAGUGGGCAGCCAGCCAGGAUGACACAGACGGGCCAGAAUACCUGGCGAUUGGGAACCUGGGCCGGCAGAGUCGGGCUUGCGGUAGCCCAGCCCAGUCCGGCACGUCCACUAGCAACAGUGCUGAGAGCAGCACCUCCAACCUGUUUUCGUCCAGCAGCUCCCAAAAGCAGGAGUCCGUUUCCUCCUUGGGAGAGCAGGGAGCAAGUGGCGGCAGCAGCAGCAGCCGAGGGAUGAGCCUCUUCCGUAGGUCCAGCUUCUCAGAGGGUCAGACGGCAGCUUCCUAUGGGGGGCUCAAGAGGAGCCAUGUCCGCUCCCAUUCAGACACCAACGUGGCCUCUGGGAAAACUCACGGGGGGCACAGAGAUAUCAGCAUUAUAAUAGAAGAUCCUGUUGCAGAGUCCAGUGGAGACAUUUCCAGGUUCCAAGGCAGCAUGUCCUGCUCAAUGCAGAGCAGCCAGAUGAGCACCCCUGGAUCUGUUUACAUGGAAUACGAUACUGGGCAGUAUCUAAGCUCUGGGGAAGGGAUGUUCCGGAGGCCCUCAGAAGGCCAGUCCCUGAUAAGUUACUUGUCAGAGCAAGAUUUUGGCAGCUGUGCAGACUUGGAAAAGGAAAAUGCUCACUUCAGCAUCUGCGAGUCGCUCAUUGCUGCCAUUGAGCUGAUGAAGUGCAACAUGACGAACAGGCAGCUGGAAGAGGAGGAGGAGGACAGCGACAAGGAGAUCCAGGAGCUCAAACAGAAAAUCCGCAUCCGCCGACAACAGAUCAGGACGCGGCACCUGCACCCAGCGUACCCGGAGAUCAGCUCAGACAGUCUUGUGGCAACAGACAGUGGAUCCCACUUCAGCUCCCGGGACUCGACACACUUGUCUGACUCAGGUUCAGCAGAAGAGGUUGACGAGUAUGAGAUUAGAGAUGGUAACGAUGGAUCUAACCUGACUCAAAUAUCCAAGAAUGGCCUGUCUGUCUCAAUGGCUUCCUUAUUUUCAGAUGCAGACAUCAAGAGGAGUGCAGCUCCCAGCAAGAAGUCCUUCCACUCCUCAGGCUCCACCUUCCACUCUUUCCUCAACUCCAACUCGGCGGAGGCUGUGGCCAUGGGCCUGCUGAAGCAGUUUGAAGGGAUGCAGCUCCCCGCAGCCUCCGAACUGGAAUGGCUUGUGCCAGAGCAAGAUGCCCCGCAGAAGCUCUUGCCAAUUCCUGAUUCUGUGCCCAUCUCUCCCGACGAUGGGGAACACGCGGACAUCUAUAAACUCCGUAUCCGGGUCCGAGGGAACUUGGAGUGGGCGCCUCCCCGACCACAGAUAAUCUUCAAUAUCCACCCAGCACCAACGAGAAAGGUGGCAGUGGCCAAGCAGAACUAUCGCUGUGCCGGAUGUGGCAUCAGGACAGACCCUGACUACAUCAAGCGCAUGCGCUACUGUGAGUACCUGGGUAAAUACUUCUGCCAGUGUUGCCAUGAAAACGCUCAGAUGCUCAUCCCCAGCCGCAUCCUGCGCAAGUGGGACUUCAGCAAAUAUUGCAUCAGCAAUUUCUCCAAGGACCUGCUAAGCAAGAUCUGGAGCGACCCCCUCUUCAAUGUGCAGGACAUCAACACUGCCCUCUACCGCAAGGUCAAGCCGCUCAACCAAGUCAGGCUGCUGAGAAUCCAGCUGUACCACAUGAAGAACAUGUUCAAGACCUGCCGCCUAGCGAAAGCGCUCCUGGAUGCCUUUGACGCCGUGCCAGGUCAUUUGACAGAGGACCUCCACCUCUAUUCCUUGAAUGACCUGAGUGCCACCAAGAAGGGGGAGCUCGUUCCUUGCUUGACAGAGCUCCUCAAGGCAGGUACCCAGCACGUUGAGAAAUGCAUGCUGUGCCAGGCCAAGGGCUUCAUCUGCGAGUUCUGCCAGAACGAGGAGGACAUCCUCUUCCCCUUUGAGCUGAACAAGUGCAGGACGUGCGAAGAAUGCAGAGCCUGCUACCACAAGGUGUGUUUCCGCUCAGGACCCUGCCCCAAAUGCGAGCGGCUGCAAGCGCGGAGGGAACUGCUGGCCAAGCAGAGCAUGGAGGCUGACAUCUCGGACUAUGAGGAGGAGCAGGAGGAGGAGGCGGCCGUUGAAGGAGCAGCCACGUGACAAAUGAGAGACUGCGGCUUGGUGCGUGGCCUCUGCCUCCAGGGACUGAACUGACAGAGAACUCCGACUGACUCUUCCACAGCUAAUAAGCCAACGUGAUGGGAGCCUUUGGGGGGGGAGUCCCUCAAAGGGUUAUUUUGCACUUGCCUCGGGAGGUUUUGGUGCUUCCCUUCUGUCUGAGCCACAGGACGAGGGAGAGAGAGACUUGCUUGCUGUUUCCGCCACCAACUUCGAUGCACUGCGGAGCCCAGUUUCGCUGCCACCACAAAGAAAGUAGCAGCUGGCUUUGCCUUGAGCGCCUGAACCUCUCCCCCCAUGCCACUUGGGAGAAGCCGGUGGGUGAUGCUGGUGGGCUUAUGUGGCUGAGCUCC